AUGACACUUGAUUUCCCUUCUGGCGUUUCUAAUACAGACAUCCCUGCCGCACUGUCGCCCCCGAACCCGCAUCUGGACCUCAACCUCCGUCCCGAUCAAGCCAAUGUCGUCUCCGUGACCUUGUCUGCGGCAUCAGCCACGCCGUUCCCCAUCUUUUCCCCCUUUAGUGCCUUGUUCGACGUCGCAACCUGUCCAGACCAAGUCCCCAUCAACAAGCAGGACACGAGGUUGAUGGAGAGCAUCGGAACGCUAAUAAACCAGCCGAGCUGGCUGGGACGCGAGGACUAG